UGCGGGUCUCGGUGGCGCGCCUGUGUUGUUCUCGCUCCUGGAAGCGCGCCCCGGUGCAGUGGAGCUUCUGGGACACGGUGAGUGACAGCAGCCUCGGUCAUGGGACCCUAAACCACCGGAGCCCAGCCAUACACAUCCCAGCAGGUUUUGUCAGUACAAGUCUAUUAUCGGGAAAAUUGCUGAAGAUUGGACGCUUGGAUCUCCUAGGCAUCAACAAUGAAGCACUUCAUGAAGAUGGUGGUUCAGGUGUGGCUGUACUUCUACUGCAUUUGUCUGUGGCGUUGCUUCAAGUUUAUCGUGAGGAAUCUGACUGGCCGCUGCGAAUUGCAGAGAAUCUGCUACAAGAACAAGCCGGGUGCUGGCCGGACAUUAAAGUUAGAAACAUCACUGAAAUCCUCUAAAAGCAAGCUUUUGCAGAGUGCUAUUGCCGUGCACCCUGAUGCUAUCGAGAAGACCGUAGAAGACAUCCUGACCCUGAAAAAGGUCAACGUGGACACCAAUCCCCAGUUGGCAGUGUCCCUUCAAGCUUGUCUCCUCCAGAUUGUGGGGUUCAGAAAUUUAACCGUGGAGGUGGAGAAGCUGCGCAGGGAGGCCUAUGAUUCUGAGAAUCCGCAGCAUGAAGAAAUGCUCAUGAAGCUGUGGAAAAUGCUGAAACCGGGCGUUCCGCUGGAUGCUCGGGUCUCUAAGCAGUGGUGUGAAAUCGGUUUCCAAGGAGAUGACCCAAAAACAGAUUUUAGAGGAAUGGGCCUCUUGGGACUUUACAAUUUGGUGUACUUUGCAGAAAAAGAUACCUCUACAGCUCUUCAAAUAUUGUCGGAUUCUCUUCAACCGAAGUGCAGGGAUGUCAGUAAAGAAGAAUUCAGUAAAGUCAGCAAAACAGAAUGGGAAAUGAAAAAGUUUGACAAGGCAAUUGGCUAUUCAUUUGCCAUAGUUGGGAUUAAUAUCACUGACCUGGCCUACAACCUGCUGAUAAGUGGGGCUCUGAAGACUCACCUGUACAAUGUGGCCCCUGAGGCUCCAUCACUGCAUCAUUUCCAGCAAACAUUCUGCUUUCUGAUGCACGAGUUCCACAAGUUCUGGCUUGAAGUGGACCCUGUGGACAUCAUGGAAUUCAACCGGGUGCGCAACAAGUUCCACAAACGGAUCCUGAAGCAGCUCCAGAAGACGGACAUGGCUCUGUGUCCCCACUUUGCAGCCUCAGAAAGCUUAGUCAACGUGUAAUCAUCUCCAUUUCCCCCGAUUCCAGAUCACUGCCUCACUGUUGUGUUCAUGAUCAUGGCGGCCGUGUUGUACGACCACAGCGAUUGUAUGCAUGCUUUUUUGGUAAAGUACUCAUCUCCGUUUUUACUAUGAAUCCCUUCGGAGCUCCAUGUACGCCGUGGGAUUUUCUCAUACGCAUAUUGCGGAUUAUGCAGUGUUAUAUUUUCAUCUGACAUAAGAGUUUUCUAUUUUUUUAGGUUUUGUUUUUCUCAUAGCUGAACAUUGAAGAGUUGUAUUUUGUCACGUUUAGGUGGGUGUCUGAAUAAGCUCUUGUACUGUACACCUUUUUUGAUCCCUAAUAUUUCUACUGACCACAUGAUACAUAUACUUAGCUCAAAUGUCUUAAAUAUAUUUAUAUUGUAUAUAAUGUGCUUCACUGCAGUCCUCAGUCUACACGUAAGUGCUGUGUUACAUGUAGGCCCCAGAGCGCUUAUUUUUAACGUUAUUGACUGUCAUAAAGUAUGACUGGCCCCUUUAGGGCUGUCUGCUCUACUGUACUACCAUCAGAGACAACAGGGCCCCCCUAAAAUAGAUAUAUUGACCUCCUUUGUGAAAUUGUAUUGCCUACCUGCCUUUAUAUCCCAUGACACAGA